GCUCGCGGACCCGGAGUGCAUCCGCAGACGGGAGCCGCGGCCGAGGCAACCACCCCGCCCCGGGCGCCGCUUUCCUGGCGGCUCGCACGGUUAGCAAAGAUAGCUGAAGCCAACUUGUGCAGGAUUCCCCUGGCUCUUCUGACUCAAGAUCCCACCACCUCCUCUCCCUGGCAGCCUGUGUUCUGGGCUUCACCUAGACAAGUCUGAGUAGGAACAAGCCAUCUCUCCCAUCCAUAGCCAUGAAUUUCCUCCGGCGGCGCCUCUCUGACAGCAGUUUCGUGGCCAACCUGCCUAAUGGCUACAUGACAGACCUGCAGCGCCCAGACAGCUCCACCAGCUCCCCUGCUUCCCCAGCCAUGGAAAGGAGGCACCCCCAGCCCCUGGCAGCCUCCUUCUCCUCUCCAGGAUCCAGCCUCUUUAGCUCCUUUUCCAGUGCCAUGAAGCAGACCUCACAAGCCCCCUCAGGGCUGAUGGAGCCUCCAGGUCCCUCCGCUCCCAUUGUUCAAAGGCCCAGGAUCCUAUUGGUGAUCGAUGAUGCCCACACAGAUUGGACCAAGUAUUUUCAUGGAAAGAAGGUGAAUGGAGAAAUUGAGAUCCGAGUGGAGCAGGCUGAAUUCUCAGAGUUGAACCUAGCUGCCUAUGUUACUGGGGGCUGUAUGGUGGACAUGCAAGUCAUGAGAAAUGGGACCAAGGUUGUGAGAUCCUUCAAGCCAGACUUCAUCCUAGUCCGUCAGCAUGCCUACAGCAUGGCUCUGGGUGAAGAUUACCGAAGCCUGGUCAUCGGCCUCCAGUACGGAGGGUUGCCUGCUGUCAACUCCCUCUACUCUGUCUACAACUUCUGCAGCAAGCCCUGGGUGUUCUCUCAGCUCAUUAAGAUCUUCCAUUCCCUGGGUCCUGAGAAGUUCCCACUUGUGGAACAAACAUUCUUCCCCAACCAUAAGCCAAUGCUCACAGCGCCACACUUCCCCAUGGUUGUCAAGCUGGGACACGCCCACGCUGGAAUGGGAAAGAUAGUCAAGAUGGCUGUGGGUGGCCUACCCUGGUCCCCAAGCUCGCUGCCGCAGAGGAAGAAAGACCGUGUCUCUUUCCAGCAUCUCUGUGUAAAUCCCAUGGAGGCCUUGCUUGGGUUCCUGGGCCCACCUCCUGACCAGCACAUGUGGAGAUGGAUGCAGCCCCAGUUGAACUGUGUGGAUCAGGCCUUAGACAGUCACAUCCACAAUGGAGGCCUCGUCAAGCUCCCGCCGUCCUUUAAGGUGGAUAGUGCUCCCAUGAAGCCCAUUUUUCAGAUGAGGUACAGGCUGUGGGUGGAUAGCUGCUCAGAAAUGUUUGGCGGCCUGGACGUCUGCGCUGUCAAGGCCGUCCACGGCAAGGAUGGCAGAGAUUACAUCAUUGAGGUGAUGGACAGCUCAAUGCCCUUGAUCGGAGAGCACGUGGAAGAGGACAGACAGCUGAUGGCCGACCUCGUUGUCUCCAAAAUGAGCCAACUCCUGAUACCAGGGGGCACAGUGCCCUCGCCCCUGAGGCCUUGGGCUGCACACACUAAACCAGCGAAAUCCCCGGGGCCGGCCCAGCUGGGGCCUCUGCUUGGACAGCCACAGUCACGGCCGCCCACACAAGGGGGCCCUCGCCAAACUCCGACCCAGCAGCCGGCGCGAUCUGGAAGCCCGUCCCAGCAGAGGCUCUCCCCCCAGGGCCAGCAGCCCCUGAGCCCCCCAUCUGGAUCUCCGCAGAGAUCACCAGGCUCUCCGCAGCUGUCCCGGGCAUCCAGUGGCAGUUCUCCAAACCAGGCCUCCAAGCCAGGCGGCCCCCUCACCUCCCAGCCCCGGCCCCCCGUUCAAGGCCGGAGCGCCUCCCAACAGGGGGAAGAGUCCAAGAAGCCAGCACCGCCCCACCCUCAUCUCAACAAAUCCCAGUCCCUGACGAACAGCCUCAGCACCUCCGACACCUCCCAGCGCGGGACCCCAAGUGAAGAUGAGGCCAAGGCCGAAACCAUCCGCAACCUGAGGAAGUCCUUUGCCAGCCUGUUUUCCGACUAACCUGGCCCGGGCUGGAGCAGGGGGUGCUCCAUUCCACUCUCCCUUCUCCUGCCUCAUCUUCCUUCUCAGCCUUGGUUCCCGAUGGGAACAGAAUGGAGGGCCUGAGAAUAUACUCUCUAAAUGCCUUUGACCCAGGAACUGAGUAUCUAUCUAUACGUGCUCCCCCUCCCUUCACCAUGACAUUCCAGCUCAUCCAACUCAGUGGUGGGCCUUUGACAGCCUCCGGGUUCCUCAGUUCAGGCCCUAAAGGCAUCACAUCUCCCUGCCCACCCAGAUGCUUGCUCCCCUGCCUCAGAUAACCAAGUGAAAUGUCUGUGUGUGGCUAGUUUUCACAUUUCUUGUUAGUGUUUUGCUUGCCUUCGGGUGAAGGCCCCGAGCCUCCCCUCCAUCAGGUGCGGGCACUGGGACCUCAACAACAUUGGAGGCAAUAAUCUUUCGACAGUGUUUUGCAAACAGAAGGAGAAAAGCCCAGCCAGGGGCACCUACUACCUACCCAUGCUAGCUCCAACCAGGCUCGAGAUCACCCCCCAGGCCAGACAGGCUAAGCCCCAUCCCAUGUGGCCACCGGUGGGAUCCUAAGAACCGUGGAAAGAAAUUAGAUCCUGUGUGAAAAGUGGGGCCUUCCAGAACACAACAGAAACGGAGGGGACGUCCUGAAGUGCUGCUCACGCCCGGAUUGGACAGCCACGGGCAGACCACGGAUUCUUUGACGAAUCAUCACUAGCUCCCAGAGGAGGAGGAUGCCCUCAACUUCCCAAAGAGGGAGUCAGGUUAGGGCUCCUCCAGCCAUUCUGGGGUGUCACCCCACAAGGAACUCUGAAUUCCCACCAGGAAGGCUGUCCCCUCCUCCAGGACAGAGGAGGAGCCAGAGAGAGUCCGAGGCACGGGCUGAGAAAGGGCCAUGACAGGGACUUCGAGGCUGACAUGCCACGGACUGUUGCCAGCAAGGCACGGGUAGGUUACUCAGUUAUAAAAGGUUCCCAUGGUCAAACAUGUUUAGGAAACACUGUUUCUAUUUCUUGUUUUGAGGUUGGUAGUGCACAUUACAUGUCCAAGGUCCUCAGGCUUCCUGCGGUAAAGAAAUGAGCUUUCACCUUGCUUAACCCCAACUUAUUAGACGAAACAAGUUCCCUGCAGAGCUGGCAAAUGUCCCGACUCCCUUUCCAAAGCCUGCUCCCUCCAUCAGACUGCCUCCCGUGAUCAGACAGGGUGCAGGGCUGCCCCGAGUCAGCACGCACCCGGUGCUAGAAACAUUGUAGGUGCCAGAACCAGCCUCCUGGGCUCGUUUUGAGCCCAGGACGUUAGAACAUAGCCACCACGCUCUCCCCUUGCAGCCGUUCUAAGUAGAGGAGAGAAAGCUCCUAGGACAGGGUGUAACACCACGAAGCCCAUGUGUUUGGGGAGAUCAGGAACACAGAAAACACUCAAGGCAAUCAUCCCUUCUGCACGGGAGAUUAGGAUCGGAAAAAGUCAAUCUCACUUGGUUCUCGGUAAUAAAAUGCAACCCAAAACACACAACAGAGUGGUCACAGGCCCGACAAAGUUUCUCAAAGUGUGGGCACAGCUAGCUUCAUUUCAGACCAAAGGAGUCCGGAUUUCUGGUCGUAAGGCCCAGACCUGUAGGUUGGUCGGUCUCCCCGAGUAUUCUGCGCGCACAUUGAAGUCAGACCAGCCGCCCUGCGCUGAGCGGGGAGGGAAGGCCACGCUGCGAGAACAGUACUGAUGUGGAUGCUUUCCAGCCAGGGACCCGCUCCUUUGCUGAGCAAAACUAGUGGCUUCAUAAACUGUGUGGCUGAAAUGUUCCCACUUCCCUAUAAUCCGUCCUAAAACAUCUCCCAUCCAAGCUCCAUCUCCCACAUACUCCAGCUACAGUAGCACAGACUUCCUUCAUCAGGCCAGGCAUCCUGAUUUCUAGAACCACGCACACGUGAUCCAGGACAUAACACAAUAACCGGCACAUUGCAAGAAAUGUUCCCACUGGUCUGCAUACGAGCGUCGAGACCCAGAGCGGUCUUGCAGAGAGCACGGAUCCCCAGAAUGGACUGUCUUCUCACAUGGGUAGCACAUGUUCCUUCCAAACAUUUCACCUUUCAUAGCUGUGACAUUUUUGAAUGGGAAAGGACAAAAAAGAAGCGAGGAAGGGAGUCACUCGGCAGAGGUUCUGAAGGGUUGUUUGUUGUUUUUUGCUUUGUUCCAACACAACUUCGACCCAAAGAAAGGCUGGCAUUUUCCUUCCAGGCUGACUGGGUGAGGCUGAAACACGGUGAAGAGCCAUUUGGUUUGUGCUAAGGUGGGGCACAGUGAAUGGGGAUUGAAGGAUGUCGCCUCGGGGGACACUGCCACCCCGGUCUCCCUCCUGUCACCCUGGUAAGCUGGUACCGUAGCUGAGCUAGGUGUAAAGUCAGCUUUCCAGGGACACUGAAUACACAGAUCCUUCUCUUCCGUUACCCCUGUGUUCUCUUCAUCAUUACUGCACUCCCUCCGAACGUUCAUGCCCGCUGAGGAGGCAGGGAGGACGGGCCUUCACUCACAUGGCAACAAAUACCGGAGCGAAUCCCUGGAGCGGCCUCCUGACGUUCCCUUUGGAGUUUGCCGGGCAAGGAGCUCGCGGGGAAAGCAAGCUGGUGCAGGUUGCUCGUGGAUGAGCUACGUGAGUCAAGGCAGUCUGAUGGAGGGAGCAGGUGUUCAGGACGUUUUAGGAAACUAGGAAAAUGUACACAAAGUGUGAAGACUGGAGGAAAAGCCUGUCUUUAAAAGAGUCUCAAUGCAAGGAAGUCACUUGCCCAGGAACAGAAUCGGAGUCUGAAAGGGAAUGGGAGCAGAUUCAGGGGGCCAGGAGGCAUCCCCCGUGGGACACGGGGCCAGGGGGGACAGACAGGUGGCCACAGGGCCACCAGGGCCGGGAGCCAGGGGGACGAGGUGCCAGCGUCAGGACCAGGCAGAAGAGGCUGUGGCGCGCAGAGCAGAGAGCAGGACCACGUGCCGCACACCAGAGCCCCGCAGAGCCCCGCAGACGGCCGGGCCCCAGCUGAAGAUGUCCCGCAGGUGCUCCGUGUCCCUUUGGAACCUGCCCCUCCCCGCACCAGGGAGCAGACAGCUCGUGCUUUAUUCGGCUUCGCGGAACAGGUCCGUGGCUCGUUCUGCUUCAUGUGUUUGGCACCGGUGAAAGCACACAGGUCGGAGUCCGAACUGAAGCCGGUUAAGUCAAGUGGGCGGAUGCAAGCAGUGACUGAAUCAGAUGGAGGACUAGUUCAGGGCCCAAGUGCACUUCUAUAGCGCGUUUUUCUUUAUCCUGGAGAGCAUGCCGGCUGAUUACUAACUGUACUGACAAGUGUCAGAAGCUGUCCCGACUCCCACGCAGUCACUGGUAAAAUUCAGAGGUUCGGUCUAGUAUUUGGACUCUAAGGGAAAGCAGCAUUUGGGGUUUGGUUGGAGACGAAUUGGAAGUUUGGGCAACAAGCAAGUCAGAUCGGUCCAUUAACCAAACACAAUGCAGAAAGGGCACAGAGGCUCCCUCUGUUUCCGCAGACAAAAUACGCAGCCAAAAUAGAUGAGACCGGGACUCUUAGAUGCUGGGUUCAGAGCUCUCUUGACCGGCCAGAGGAAGAGGGGAAUGGCCAGGACGUGAUUUCUGAAACCGGGGAGUCAUUCCUUUAAGGGAAAACCAAUCAAAAACAAAACGUUCCUUCUACAAUGCAUAUGUGUGAAUCCUUUAAAUGCCCCUUUGCCUUCCAUCGUUUGUGUUCCGAUUGGUCCCCCCACUUGUGAUUCCCAUUUGCAAACUCUGAUAGUGUCAGUAUCUGCUAUCUGUGGUCUUCCUUUGAGUCUAGGGCAGAAGCAAGUUAGCACCUGGCAGCCACCGCCCAGGGAAGGAGAAAGGCAAGUCUUGGCGCCGGCCCCGAGCACAGGGAGCAAAGGGAGGAGAGUCCGGCUCCGUCAGAGUAAGAAUUACUGAGAUCUGAGGCUAAGCAGCGAUCUCAGAAUUGGAGCCCCAAGCAAGAGUGAGAGGUCAAAAUUCAACCAUUUUUACAGAGGGAAUCACAAAACCUCCUAUCAGAAGAGGGUGCCUCCCAUGAUUUGAUGUCCAGCCAUGCCAAACCGUAUCCUCCAUUUAUGAAGAGGAGGAGUGGGGUGGGGGGGCUCCUGGGUGCCUCAGUCGGUGAAGUGUCUGCCUUCG